AUGCGCCGGAUGCACGCCGAGUGGAUGGCGGAGCACGGUAGGGUCUACAACGCCACCGGAGAGGGGAAGCGACGGUUUGAGGUGUUCAGGGACAACCUUCGCGACAUCGACCAGCACAACGCUGCCACCGACGCCGGGGUUCACUCCUUCCGCCUCGGACUCAACCCCUUCUCCGACCUUACCUACGAGGAGUUCCAAAGCAGGUAUCUCGGCGCCCAGACCAAGCCGCAGAGGGAGCGGAAGCUCAGUGUCAGUUUACAGGCCGAAGUCAACGUGGAGCUAGCGGAGUCUGUCGACUGGAGGAAGAAGGGGGCCGUUGGUCCUGUCAAGAACCAGGGCUCUUGCUGGUUCAGCAACCAGGACACCCUUUUUCAAUAUGGCAUUGAUUUAGUGGCCUCUAAGUAG